AUGUCUUCCACCCCUCAAACCUCACCCUCCCCCGGCGCCGCUACCAGCAGCGGCCCAAUCGUCACCGUCACCGACACCUUCAACACAACGACGCUGGCCAACCCAGAGCUUCCCCGUAUCACCGUCAGUGUGGCCACCAGCGCCGGCGGAACUCAAGACCCAAAAUGCGGGCCGAGCAUCAGCGCCGCGGCCGCCAGGAACGCGGACAAGCUCAGUGUUACAACGGCCAUCUAUGGCAUCAAGACGCACGGGAGCUCGGUUGGAGUGGGACAGCAGGGUGCCGAGAGGGACUUCAAGGCGAUGAGGGCGAUGCCGGCAGGGGAUGCGCUAGCUGGUUCUUCCAUGGCUAGCAGCGCGUUGAGCUGA